CUGUUAAGAUAUCGUCAAGAAAUUAAUUAGAUGAAAAGUUGAUCUGUGAAUUCAGCAGCUGAAAGGAAGAUACACUUUACUCAGAAGGGGAAGUAACCGCUGUAUCUCUCCUAAAGAAGUCAGAAACGUUGACAGUCGAGGGCGAGAGAACAAGAGAGAGAGACGGAGAGGAACGAUGGCUGAAUUCAGACGGAUUCAAAUAACUUUAUUUGUGAUUCUGCUGCUUCAGUUUACAGCAGUAGCUGGACAAAACACCCUCUCUGUCAUUGUCAGAGCUGGAGAUGAAGUCACUCUGCCUUGUGAAAAUGUGAUAAUUCAGGACUGUAGUACCACUACUUGGCUUUUUCGUCAUGAACGGGAAGCAUCAGUAGAGCUGAUAGAGCAUGGGCAGAUUAAAGAUGGGAUUCCCAAAUCAAAAUCAGACAGACUGAGUGUUAGAGAGAAAUGUUCUCAGGUUAUAAAGAAUGUCACAGAGGAGGAUGUUAGUCGUUACACCUGCAGACAGAUCAACAGAUAUGGACAACAACAAGAUCCAGAUGCUGUGGUUUUUCUGUCUGUUGUCAACAUGGAAGAACAGAAGAACACUGAUGAUAGAGUCACCUUGAUUUGCUCUGUGUUGACUGAUGCUGGGUGUGAACACACAGUGAAGUGGCUGUAUGAGGGGAAUGAGACUGUUGUGGAGAUAACACCUCAUACCUGUUCAGCCUGUGUGAUAUUUCCUCCUCAUCUUAAUCAGAAGUUACUGAAGUGUAACGUGACAGAUAAGAAGAAUGGAAACACGCUGCUGUGUAAUGUCGGCCCCCAGUCCUCUUGUAAGAAACCAGGAAACACAACAGUGGGAACAGAUAACACAUCAACAAAAGUACAGUGUGCAGCUCGUGUGUGAGAUCCUGACAGAGCUCCAGCUCAGCGGGUCUGUGAAGGGGGAGAGGCUGACAGAGAAGGCAACAAA